AUGAAUAAUUCUAAAUUAAGUAGCAUUAAUUCAUUACAUAGUAACGAUAUUGGGAAAAAUGGAUAUUUCGAUAAUAUAAAUAUUUCAAAAAAUAAAAAAAGAAAAAGAAAUGAAAAUAAUAAUAAAAGAAAAGAAAAAGAUGUAAAAGAAAAAAAUAAUUUAAAUACAAACAUAAGUGAAGUAAAUAAAAGUAACGAUAAAAAAUCAUAUAUUAUUACAUAUAAUUCAAAUAAUAAUGAAAAUAAAUCGUGUUUAGAAAAUGAUGAUAUAAAAAUGAAAGAUAAGAGUAUUAAUAAUUCAAGUCGUCAAAAUAAAAAAAAUAAGAUUUCUAAAUUUUUAAAAGAAAAAAAUACUGCAAUAAAUGAUUAUGUGGGAAAUGAGAACGAUAUAGUAAAUAUAAAUAAUGAUUUAGAAGACAGAACAAAUGUACAUAACAUAGGCAAUGCUGAAGAAAAUAUUGACAAUGAAAAUAUGAAUGAAGAGAUAGAAAAUAAUUAUUGUGAUAUAAAUAUGUUAAAAGAUGUUGAUUUAAAGAGUUUUCAUGGUAGUACGGGAAAAAUAAUAAAAUUAAGGAUAAGAAACUUUUUGAAUCAUGAAAAUCUUGAAUUAAAUUUUAAUUCUCACAAAAAUAUAAUAAUAGGAAAAAAUGGAAAAGGAAAAAGUGCUAUUGCUCAAGCUGUUGCAGUAGCUUUAGGAAGUCAAGGAAAAUAUGCAGGAAGGGAUAUUAACCUCGCUAACUAUAUAAAAGAUUAUGAUAAAAAUAAGAAAAAUUUGAUAUGUUAUAUUGAAAUAUUUUUAUCUAAUUCAGGAAAAAAUUCUUUUAAAAGAGAUACUUAUGGUGAUGUGAUAAUAAUAAAGAGAGUUGUAUCAUCGCAUACAAGCAAGUUUUAUCUAUAUGGAUUAAGUGAAAAAAAAAAUACUAUUAAUAAUAAGGAUAGUUUUAAUAGGGUAGACGAUAAUAAUAAUAUUAUUAAUAAAGAAAAAAAAAACAAAUUUGUACGUAAAAAAUCAUUUAUUGAUAAUUAUUUAAAUUUUAUAAAAUUAAAUAUUAGAAGCCCAUGCGUGUAUCUAGAUCAAGAAAAAGGAAAACAAUUUUUCAGUAACAUUAAUGAAAAAGCCUUACAUAAAUUUUUUAUGAAUUCUGUUGGAUUAAAUAUAGUAGAAGAGGAAAUUGAAAAGGAAAGUGAACUUUUAGAAAAUUGCUUAAAUCAAAUAAAACAGAAGCAGUUAUUGUUGUCACCUCAAGAAGAAGAAUUAAAAUCGUUUAAGGAGAGGAAUGAUUUAUUAAAAAGUGAAUUCGAUAAGUUAAAUUUAUUUGAUAAUAAUUACAAAAUACUUAUAUUUUAUGAAUCACUAAAAAAUACAAUUAUUUUAUUUAAUGAAUAUCUGAAAUCAGAGAAUUUAAAAAAUGAAAAAGUUAUUAAAAAUAUACAAAGUAAAAUGAAUGCACUCAUUGAAGAAAGCGAAGAUCUUAAACUUGAUAUAAAAAGAGUAGUUGAAAAAGAUACAACUACAUAUAAUUUGAUUAAAAAAGAUAUGAAUAAAAUAACAAAAUAUAAUGCAAUGAUUGAAGAAUUGAAUGAUUUAAAAACAAAAUAUAUUGAUCGUCGACAGGAAAUUAUAAAUUAUAUAAGUUCCUUUGAAAAAGCAAAAGAUAAUAAAAAAUUAUUACAAGAAUACUUAAACAAAUAUGAAGGAGAUAUUCAAAAAUUGAAUGAAAAAAUAAAAAAAGAAACGGAGAAAGAAAUAGAACUACAAAAUGAAAUAAAUAAAAAAGAAAAUUCCAUUUAUGAAAUGGAAUAUCUAGUAAACAAAAGCAAAUAUACUGUAGAUACUAUUAACAAACAAAUAAAUGAUAUUAUUAUUCAAUCAAGCAAGAUCCAAAAAAUUAAAAAUAAUGAAAUUAAAAAAAAAAUAUACAUAUAUGGAUAUGAUAUAUAUUCUUUAAGAAAUAAUAUAUUUAAAAAUUACAGAAUUUCCAUAAAAUCUGAAAAUAACUUAAUUUUUCAGGAAGAAUUAAAGUUGGAUAAUAAAAACCAAAAGAAUAAUUUUAUAAAUAAUAAAAAUCCAGAACUUUCUUUUACAUAUGCUCCAAUAGGACCAGUUGGAGAAUAUAUAAAAUUAAAAAAAAAUGUAGAAAAUAUAAAAAUUUUAUCAAUUAUUGAAAAGCAUUUAGGUGAUAUUUUUUAUUCUUGGUUAGUAAGUUGCUAUGAAGACAAAAAUAAAUUGAAUAAUUUAGAAGUGGAGAAUAAAAGCAAAAUUAAUAUAAUAGUUACCAAUGCAUUUCAACAUGUGAGUAGAGAUAAAUUAUUACAUAAUAUUCAAUUUUUAUUAGAUAAAAUACAUGGAAAUACCAUCUAUUCUUUUUUAAAUGUUGAUUUAUUGCCUACUUCUUUGUUAUUUUAUUUAUAUGAUAAUUUUAAAAUUGUUCAAACUCUAAUAUGUAAUAACUCUAGUGAAUUACAUGAAUUAUUGCGUCUAAAUGAUAAAAGUAUAAUAAAAUCAAUUUAUGUUAUCGACGAUUUUAUAUUAGUUAAAGUCCUUUCAAAUGGAAGUUUACACUUUCUUCCUUCAAAAGAGGAAUAUUAUAGAGAUCCCCUUUUCUUGAAUUUACAAAAUGAAGAAAGCAACUUAAAUAAAACUAAUGGUGAAGUUCGUAAACAUUCUGCAAAUAAUAAUAUAUUAAAUUCUGAAACUAAAACAAAUGAACAACAGUUAAAAGAAUUAGAAAAAACUAAAAAAGAGAAAAAUGAGGAAAUUCUAAGAAUAUCCAAAAAAUUACUUUCUUAUAAGAACAUUCUAAAUAAUUUAAAUGAAUCAAUAAAAAAAUCUAAAUUUUUGCAAGACGAAUUAAAGUAUCAACUGAAAAAUAUUAAUGAACUAAAAGCAAAUCAUGAUAAUAUUUUUUCUGAACAAAUGGAUAUAGAAAUUAAAGAAAAAAAUAAAGAUAUAAACGAAAUAGAAAAUAAUAUAAAUGAUAUAGAAGCAUAUAUAAAAGUCCUUGAAGAAAAAAGAGAGGAUUCUUAUACCAGUUCAACUAUACAUAAAUGUUUAAUCUCAUCACACAUUGAAUAUUUAAAAAAUAAAAAAGAGAAAUUUUCUUUUCUAAUUAAAGAGUAUCAAAAUUUAAAGGACAUUUUAAUUAAAUUAGAAAAGGAUAAGCUGAAAAAUGAUGAAAUCGCCACUAAGAAUAAAAAAAAUUUCUUAUUAUCUUUAAAUAAAUUGCACAGCAUUUAUUUUGAAUGUGUACGUAAUAACUUUUUGUUAGAUGAUAUUUUUUUAAAGAAUCCAUUUUUAAUUUUAAAAAAUAAAUCUUCUAAUGCAUCCAUAACAAAUAUUAUUUUACAAAAAGAUAUGGGAACUGAAACUGAGACGAUGAAUGAUUAUGAUAAUAAAAUUAAUUAUGAAAAUAAAAAUGAUAUAGGACAAAAAAUUGCAAUUAAAUUUAUUUUUACAAUUCAAAAUAUAAAUAAUAAUUUAUCUGACUGUAGUGAUGAGGCGAUUGUUGUAGAAAUCCCUUUGUCCAUACUAAAUUCAUUCAAUAAACUUUUUGUGCUUUCAGAAAAUGACGAAAAUGCAACAGUAAAUAAAGAAGAAAGUUAUAAAAAGUCUAUUUAUCUAAAUGAUAAUAAAGAAUACGAAAUAAAAGACUUAAGAGAAUUAGAAAAAUACAUUCAAAAGAAUUUAAGCACUAUUAUAAAUACUAAUAAUGAUUUUUUAUAUAGAGAUAUUAAUAAUAGCGUUCUUGAUGAACUUAAAUUAAAUUCAUCAUGCGAAAAAUAUUCUGAAAUUUUAUGGAAAAAAAGGUGUGAAAAAAAAAAAGAAAUAAUUCAAAUUCUUAAAAUGAAUGGAUUCAAUGAAAAUGACAGUACUGAUAAUUCUAUGAAAAGUUAUUUUAAUAAUUUGAUUGAGCAAUAUAUUAAUGACGAAAAAAGUUAUAAUAAACAAUUAAAGCAAAUAUCUGAUUUAAAAAAUAAUUAUGAUAUGCAUUUGUCUAAUAUAAAUCUUAGAAGAGCUAAAUACUCUUUUACUUUAGGAAAAACAAAAGAACAAAUUACAGUUCACUUUAAAAAUAUUUUGAAAAAUAUGAAUAACUAUAAGGGGAAGUUGGAAUUUGAUGAUACAAAUAGAAAUUUAAAAGUUUUGGUUUCAAUUAAUCAGGAUAUUUCAAAUAAUAUAUAUAUGGAAAUGAAUUCUUUAUCAGGUGGUGAAAAGUCUACUAUUCAAAUGGCAUUAUUAGCUUCUUUUUCCUUAACAGAAACUUCUUCUUUUCAUAUAUUUGAUGAACUUGAUGUGUAUAUGGAUGAACUUACACGCGUUAAAAAUAUGAAAUUAUUUUGUGACUUUAUUAAAAUAAAUAAUGAUAAACAAUAUUUCUUCAUAACACCACAUAUUGAAAUAACAGAAUUAUUUAUAGGUGAUGCUAAAAAUAAAAAAGCUAAGAUAUUAAGUUUGUGA